GAGAGAGGAACUGAGAACGUUGCCAUAAAGGUUAGAGGUUGGGCGAGAGUCGUCUUCACAACUCAGGGUUAAGAAGUCGGACAGUCAGAAGCUGGUCCGGGCUCCGGUUUCUGAAAGAAGCUCAACAACAACAACAACAACAACAACAACAAAAGAAGGCCGGCAAGCCGUCACAGAAGCAAACACCGGACAGUUGCUUCAGCCCGUUUCCCUGGGCAACGAAGACGGAGAAACCAACGGGUAAAGGGCUGAAGGGGAGGGUGGAUGAUGGAAAACCUGAACGUGUACCACGGCGCUAUUGGCAAACAUGAGGGUGAGAGGAGGCUCGCGAAGGAUGGACGGGAUGGCUCCUACCUGGUCCGCGACAGCGACAGCGUGCCGGGGGUGUACUGCCUGUGUGUGCUGUGUAGCGGGUUCGUCUACACAUACAGACUCUGCUUGGACAGUGGAGGUUCAUGGGCAGCAGAUACCGCCCCCGGGGUGCAGAAACGCUAUUUCCGGAGAGUCAAGAACUUGAUAGCAGCCUUCCAAAAGCCUGACCAAGGGAUUAUCGUACCUUUGCGCUACGCCGUCACCACCCAGACACACACUGCAGCGCAGACGCUCCCCAAUCGCUGGCCGUCACCCACAUGCAGCAGCACAAACCACCUCUGCCUCCAGCAGCAGCAGCAGCAGCAGCAGCAGCAGCAGCAGCAGCAGCCAGCCGCUCAGACACACAAAAACAAUAACAGGAAAGAAAAAUCUUAAGUAAACGUAAAGCACUCUAUCUGGCAUAAACGCCGGUGCUUUUGACUCUGAUUAUCCUUUCAUGUUGAGAAGAAAAGUGAAAAUAGCGUGAAGCACAAGUGAGGGAAAAUACUGCUCUUUGUUGCAUUUUUUGCAUGCUGUGCACGCUCUGGUGUAUUUUUUUUCAAUCCGUGUUUGGCUCUGGGGAAAGGUUGUCCAUUUCGCCAGAGCCGACUGUUGAAAUUCUGUAGAGAUAAUGCUCGUGAUAAUUAUUCCUGUACACUCCUGAUGGCCUUUGUCUCCUACUCGGGGAAUCUUGUCAUUUGCUUGCUAGACAAAACACAAGACAGACGUGGUAAUCUCGCUGUCUAACUUGCUUUCUCUCCCCCCCAGCCCCUACUCGGCUACAAGUCAUUUGUGUAAAAGGGUUAUUAUAUUGUUUUUAGUGGCGACUUGCCGAGUGCACAUCAAAUGUGUCAAGAUGCAGGGUAAGAUGCAAUUCAAGUGAUGCAUCAUAACAUCAUUAAAUGUGCAGGUAUACGCCAAGCUAGAUGGGGGGCUGUGUGUGUGUGUGUGUGUGGGGGGGGCAACCCUGAGAACAGCGCAGUAUAAACUCUAACAUUACGUUAAAAAGACAAAUCAAAACAACAAAACUAUAAUCCAUGCAAUUUUAACCCAUUAAAGUGUGUACGAGAGGGAGGCGGCAGAAUGCAUCUUUCAAGAAUUUUAAUUAUUCAGAGGCUUUGUAUUUUUCAUUGCUGCGAGGGAGGUCAAAAACAGAGGCGGUUGCUUUCUAAAGACCAUGAACAACAGGACCUUUUCUUAUUUUUUUCAUUUUGAGAAACUGCAUUUACUUUUGUUUACUGUGUAUAUAUAUAUAUAUAUAAAAUAUAUGGCCAUAAAAUCACUGACUUGACAAUAAAAAAC